GAAAGAGGAGGAGCAGCUAGUGGUGCCGCCGCCGCCGCCGCUUCUCCUGCCAGGCCGUGGCCCUGGCCGGGCCUCCUCAGUAGCCGGAAAGGGAGAGGCGGCGCGCCGUGUGGGGAAAGUCCCUUCCGCGAAGCGGCCCCGAUGUCGGACGAGGCGGGUGCUGGGCUCUGAGCGGCGGCUGCGGCGGCUCCUCGUCCUCCUCAUUCAACCUCCUCCUCCUCCGCGAGGGAGGGGGGCGCAGCCGCCGACGCGACUCCCAGGCUCCGACCGAGGAGAGGCCGCGGCCUGCAAGAGCGGAGCAAGGAGGGAAGCCGGGGGUGGUGGUGGAGGCGGAGGUUGCGUGCGUGCGAGGGCGCAGGAUGCCGAGCCGGGCCCCCUCGGCCUGGGCUUCCCGGUGGCCCCAAUAAAGCCCCGGCGGAAGAGCCUCGUAUGAGGCCUCUCCGCGGCCCAGGAGGCGCCUCCGUCGGGCCCUCCGUCCCCCGCUGAGUGCUGUGAGGUGGGCUGGGGGUCCCGGGGAAACGGCCCCGCGAGAGGAGCCCUUCUGCGCCCCGGUCCCCGCCUCGCCUGGGCGGCCUGCGCUCUCCUCCUUUCCCUCCAGACGCGCAGCCCCACACACCCCAUAUACACUCACACUCACCCGCUGGAAGUGGAGGGAUGUCUUCUGCCAACUCUGCGGACAUGAUUGAAACCCCCCCGGUGCUCAACUUCGAAGAAAUUGACUACAAAGAGAUCGAGGUGGAAGAGGUGAGUCCCCACAGGUGGAGAGGGCGCCGGGAGGGACAUUUGGUAACUCAACUCGGCAGUAAGCCCCACAUAACUCCAAAGACAGUUUCCCCGCUCCCCCUUGGAGAUAUAUGGAUGCAUAUAUAGGAUGGCAGGCUCGGUUGCACGAAGUCAACAUUGCCUGCAUUGCCCCCAUGCGCACACUUGAGGCUGUAAUCCUGUGCCUAAAAAUUACUUGAGAGUAAGCCCAGUGGAGUACAGUGCACACGUAGGAUUGCAAAUUUAUAUGAGGGGUCUGGGCUCGAGGCUUUCCUGAAACUGCACCUUCUCUCUUCUGCCCGCCCCCCAAAACACACACACUAUUUUUUUACAGGCUAAUUGUACACAUGACCCAUUGGUGAGAUAAAGACAAUAUAUGACAGUCAGGGUUGUGUGUAGUAUUUAAAGGGCUGCCCUUAGACCAGUAGCUUGGGGUUCAAAUCUCUACAUGACUUUGAAGCUCAGUGAAUGAUCUUGAGCUGAUCCCCAUCUCUUGAGCAUAACUCACAGGCGUGUUGUGAGGAUGGAAUGGGGAGCGACCUUGAAUUCCUUAGAAGGUUUGAAAAUAUAAUAAUACUAAUAUUCCAGUGGUACUUUAUCAAGCAUGAAAGCUGAGCUAUGGCUUGAGUAACUAGUUCUGAGGCAAUCAUCUCAAGAUUUGAGUCGCAAUAAGAUUUAAAGGCCACCACCCCCAACACACACACUUGUUUAGGGAACCUCAACACACAUAAUUUUAAAAUAAAAGAUAAGACUGAGGGACUUUUAGUGAGUGGUUCCCUAGACUGGAUGGAUGGGAGGUUGCCUGCUCUUGAUGGGGGUACAUGCCCUCUGAAGGACCAGGUACGCAGCUUGUGGGUAUUUCUGGAUCCUUUGCUGUUGCUUGAGGCUCAGAUGGCCUCAGUGGUACAAGGUACCUUCCAUAAGCUUCAACUUGUGGCCCAGCUACACCCCUAUCUGGACAAGGAUAGCCUAAAUUCUGUAGUCUAUGCUCUGGUAACCUCUAGAUUAGAUUACGGCAAUGUGUUAUAUGUGGAGCUGCCACAGAAAUUAACAUAUAAAACAGCCAGUAUAAAAUAAUUAUCACUAAACACAGCAUUAAAGCAGUAAAUCAACAGUAUCGCCAAUGAAACCACGUAAAAGCAACUUAGAACAGAUUGAUCUUCAAAGCCUUUUUAGAUCAACAAGACCCAUCAGUGGUGGUAUCACUUUAAAACUGUUAGCUACUGAAUAUGGGUUUGGUAUCUUAAGUUGGAAGAGUCAAAAUCCUUUUUGCAAGUUUACUUGCAAGUAGUCCCUGUUGAUUUUUGUGGGACUAACCUUUUCCAUCUGGGCUAUCACAUCUCCUGGAUGAAUUAAAACUUUCAUAUGCACUUAGCUUCAUAAACACUAGGUAGCCAGAAGUGACAUAUUUUCUCAGCUCAGGGAGAUCUUGCAUUCAAAUAAAAAAUUGGUGUGUCAAUGAUGGGAAGUGUGUAAGGAAGCAUAAGAUCCCCAAGGUUCAUUUCUUAAAAAUAAAAAAAUCUGCACACUCCUGGAGACUCAGGAUAAUCAGUCAAUGCCUGGAUAGAAAGGUUUUUAGGAUAGAAAGAAGUUAGGGCAUAUGCAGAGAUGGAAAUUAUUUUGGACAGAUCUGUACAGCAAUAUCUCAAAUCUGAACAUGACCCACCAUCCAGGUAUGGUGGUUUGCAGGAGCUUGUUUAAACCUCUUGGUUUUGUUGCCUGCCUGAGACUGCAAAAACAGGAAGUUGCCAAGCAUCUGGCAGACUGCGAUUAAUAUAUCUUGGCAAGCCAUGAGUUGUGCAGGUCUUUUGCACAACAUAAAUGUUUUACCAUGUCAUUCUAUAGUAGGAAGAAAGAAAAUAAUAUGAGCUAUGCAGAUGGUUUGAUUGAAAUAUGUAACUGAAAGUUUCCAAUUGAUUUUUUAUAUAGGUUGUUGGAAGAGGAGCCUUUGGAGUAGUUUGCAAAGCAAAAUGGCGAGCAAAAGAUGUGGCCAUUAAACAAAUAGAAAGUGAAUCGGAACGAAAAGCUUUCAUAGUAGAGGUAUAUUUUUUCCUUUUAAAAUUCUUUUAACAUAAUUUGAUUAACAGGUAGCCUAUUGUGAAUUUGUAUGGGUGCUCAUAAUUUUUUUGCUGUGCCGUAAAAUGUUCCUUUAAGAUUUAUUGUGAGUUGUGUUUUGAAAAGUUUCUACACCCCUGGGGGUGUAUUCAGGACUCUGCUGGGAUGAGGGACAAACUAGAAAGUUGACUCCAAGAACCCUCUGAAUUGUAGUCCCACCACCUGUAUUUGGGAAUAUUGCAAACUCAAUUAGCUGAUUAAAGACUGAAUUCUUCCGUGUCUGUAGGGAUAUUAUGUCAACUGCAUUUGCUUAGAAUAAAACAACUCUGCAAACUACUAAAGCUGACUUAUUGGUGUCCUGCUUCUCCAGUCACACUGGCCCAUUUAAAAUACUACUUCCCCUCUAUGUUCUCCCUACAAGCAGUGGUGAGGGAAAUGGGACUGUGCGUUCCUACUCUUCCUGCUGGUAACUCUUGUCACACUAGAUGUGGGUGUCACAUUUUGUAGGGUGUGUCAGAAGGGUGGAGAGGGAAAGUGUGUUUUCUACCACACAUAGAAAAGAGAUCAGGAAGUGAGUGUAAUUUAAACCAGAUCACUCAAAGUGACAAACUACUUAAAUAUGUACACUUAUUUAUCAGAUGAUCAACACUUAAUAUUUCAGGGGGUUGGGGGGUGAGAGAGAGAGAGAGGUAUGGCACUUCUGUUGGUGGUACACUCUAGUACAAUGGUCCAUUGCUAGUACACUAUUUAAACAUGCAGAAAUACAUCAUUAAGCAUAGUGUGCCCACAAUAGGCCUGACUCACACAAAUAGGCAAAUAACUGGCUGUAAUUUUUAUUAGCCAUGCUUGUAGUUGGUUUUGCAUAUGAGGGCAGAAACAUCGACCUUAACUUGUCCAGUCCAGCUGCUGAAAGGGAGCUUCUACGCCAUCCCAGUCCAACUGCUUGGAUAAGCCUGAGAGACAGAACCAUGGUGGUCAAAGGCCUGAUACAAAUUUCCAUCCCUUUUCUCUGGAGUGGGAUGAAACUACAUUUCUCUUUCUGGACUGAAUUGGAGUGCUCAGGUGAUCCCCACAGGGUCCUGUGGAGUGGCCAAGCCUUGCUUCUGUUGUGUAAAGUGUUGAUUAGGAUUGCCAGUUACUACUACCAUUAUCUGCCAUGUAACAUCUCUGUACAUUUUCUACCUAUAGCUAAAGACUAUUGUUCUUCUCAGAGGAUGUGUAUUGAUGUAAAAUUAGUCCAGGGACUCAGCUGCAAAUAAAACAUUUUGAAUGUGUUGUAAAGUGCAGUAUACAAUUGUGACACUAGAUGGUGACUGUGAGCUAUAGCAAAUUCAAUGCUUUUUUCAAAACAAUUAAAAAAACACAUUUUACAACGUUUUUAACACGUGUGUAGAUUAGGCAGCCAUUAUUUGUGGUCUCCACCUAUCCCUCCCCUAUUGUAUGUGCUGUGGACUUCGGACAGGGGUGGGGUCACCCUUUCACUUUCAUUCUUAAUGGCAAUCAGAAGCCAUGAGUUCCCCCUCCAGAUUUUUCUGUGGUGAGAGGACUUGGGGGAUAGGGGUCUCACAUCAUGCUAUGAUUGGGACAGUGGUCACCCAGAACUGAAUGCUUGCAAAGGAUAAUCUGCUAAAUGUGUUUCUAGAACCUGAUUUUAUGCUCAACCUGAUUUUAUGUUCAGAUGCUGUUGUAUAUGUGCAAUACUACAAUACUACUCUGUCACUGGCAGAGUAGUGGCAACCAAGGGCCACCACAGAUAACACAAACUUUAUCCAAAGGGUAGUCAUAGCAGUCCUUCUCACUGAAAAGUUGCAUAGGGGGAGGGUAACUGGUAGUAAUUUUUUUUAAAAAAUUAGUGUUAGGUGAGGUAUCUGCUUUGCACUAACUAAACCACAGUUCAUUCUCCAGGUCUGUGUAAAAUACCAUACAGCAUCAAACCAGUUUUAGCAUUCAGCUGUGAAUCCUACAUGAGCAAAGAUUAGAAAAGAUCACUUUUUAAAAUUAAGGACGUAGCCUUUAAAUGCAUUAUUUCUCUUAAAUUCCAGCUUCGACAGUUGUCACGUGUGAACCAUCCUAAUAUUGUCAAGUUAUAUGGAGCUUGUUUGAACCCAGUAAGUUGCACUUUUUCUGUUUUUGAGAUCACAAUACAAUAUUUUGUAGGGCUAAAUAUUUUAUGAUUAAAAGUUUUGCUUGCAUUAAGUAAGAAUACGAGAGCAAAUAGUUCCUUAGUUGGCUUACUUGCACAUACUGCACUGACUUUUACCAUUUUUAUUAUGAAAAUGUGUGUAUAAGUUGGAUAUGCUUUUGCUAUUUGUUUAGCAAUAAACCUGGAAUAAUCAGGUUUCCCAGGUUAUGUUUUAUGGGUUCACUUGGCCCAAGAUUUUCUUUUGCCCCCCUUCCAAUUCACAUGAAUAAUUUCUAAAAUUAGUUUUAGAACUGUGCACCAGUUAAUUUAUUUUCAUUUGUUCUUUCCCCCCUUCAUUACCAAUGUUCACAAGUGAUAAUUAACUGAAAUACAACAUAGAAGUGCAUCAAGAUUUUUGUGUGUGCUGUGUUUCAUGAAUAUGCACAAACCCAUGUGUGCAUCAGUAAAGUAGGGCUGGAUGGAUAUCGUGUAAGAACAGAAGGAAAUCAAAGUUGCAGCAAAUUAUAUGUAUGAAGCUAUCUGCAAUGAUCAGAAAUCGAAAAAAGAUCAUGAAAUUAUCCCAAGUUACUUUUGCCGCUGCACAAACAACAUCAGGCAAUUUGGAACCCACAAAUCCACACAGGAGUUUAGAUAGGGAACUUUUAAAAAACAUUCCUAUUUUAAAGAUUUUCUUCUACAUAAAAAUCAAAAGUGUCUUCUAACUUAACACUUUGAUUUUUCCACAAAGGUUUGUCUUGUUAUGGAAUAUGCUGAAGGAGGUUCUCUCUAUAAUGGUGAGUCUCUCUCUUGAGUUGCAUUAUCCAAAACACUUAACUAAAAUGCAAGGUUGCAUUUAGAAAUUUGUACUAUAAUUCCAAAGCUGUAGAAGUGACAAUUUCUUUCUAGUGUUGUUUGAUUUUUAUAAUGUGAAUUAAUGUGUUCUUGUUUUGUCUACUUAAAAAAAAAAAUCAAAACUCGCUAUUAAGUAUUCUACUCAACUACCAUUAAUCAACUCCAUUGGCAUUGGGCCUAAAGUUGUGAAGAUAUUUCAUAUAACCAAAUUGGCUAAGCAAGAAGGUGGGUUCAUCAGCAAGGUAUGCUGUGGUGGUGCAAUUGCUUUACUAUGAGUAUACAGUUACUGAACCCACAUCUUUUAAGUCACCACAAAGCCACUGAAAGCAUAUUCACUUGUGGUAUUAUAAACAUAGAGAUUGAAUUGUAUUCUUAGUGAAGCAUCCCUUAUAUUGCAAUAUCUAGAGCUGCCAUAUUUCAAAAAGUGAAAAUCCAGACACGAUAGUUGUUGAGCUACCCUCACAUUACCACAAAUACCAUUCAGGACAAAUGACUUUGAGCACACAUUCUUAGUCUGCCAGUUUGGCCCUGUGUUUUGUUCUAGAAAUAAAGUUACUGCAAUACCCAAGAUGUUUGUAACUUAUUCUUCACAUAAGUGGUGCAGUUCACAAAUUAAAUUGGCUACCUUUUUGUGUCCAAUGCUGCUAGAAACAAACAGUGACUCAGACCUGUGAUUUUGCAUUCUUGUUUUGUAUCAACUGUAAUGUGCAAUUAAGUUCUUUUUAGUUUGUAACUUUGUUUUUCAGUCCUACAUGGUGCUGAACCUCUGCCUUACUACACUGCUGCACAUGCAAUGAGUUGGUGUUUACAGUGUUCCCAGGGAGUGGCAUACCUUCAUAGCAUGAAACCGAAGGCUCUAAUUCACAGGGACCUAAAACCACCAAAGUAGGUCUUUGGGCACUGUUUAAGCUUCUUAACAUUCAAAAUAAAUCUUGUAGUCUUCUUCCCACCCCCACCCUUCUUAGAGGAUAAAUGGCUUACAGCGCAUCUGAAAGCAGAUACUAUGCUCAUAUUAUGGUGCUUUUUAUUAGCAGGGAAUAGGGUAUUCAGCACAAGUGCUCAUUGUGCAACAUGCAAAGCAUGUGUUUGUAUAACAUCAGAUACCCAGUUCUACGAAACUGUUCUUUAAAAUUAACAUUAAAAACAAUGUUUAAAAAAUCUAUUGAAAGUUAUGGAAGAACUCCCAUUAUAGCGCUCCAUUCUUUAUUCUGAUCUGUGAUUGAUAAUAGCUUGGAACAACAUGAUAAUCCUCUAAUAAAACUCUCCUUCUGGCAAGUUUGCUUCAUUCUCCUCAAUGGAGCAUGGGAUUUCAGGAUGCAAUCUUGAAAUGUCUGGCUUACAAGGAAAUACAAAUCCAGCAACCUCCUGGGCUUGCCUUAGGGCAGUAGUAAGCACAGACGAAUGCUCUAUUCCCAACCUGUAUUUUUUAAAAAAACAAAAACAAAAAACCACAACUCUAUAUUUUUCAUUUUCUCUCCCGCUGAAAACAAUGGAAAGAAAAGGGAAGAAACAAUUUUAGACCCUCUCAGAAGUGUGUCAAUCUCCAUCCAGUUUGGGGCUCUGGAGGGAGGGGUUAGAGGAACAGAAGACUUUGGAUUUUUCAGAUCUUAGCUACUUUUCAGCAACCUUUUGCUUUUUUGGCCCUGCUGAUGUCAGAGCUCCAUCACUGGUUGAGCUAGGACAUCAGAGGGGUCAGCAUCACCUAAGAGGGGGCGGUGGGCAACAUCUUAUCCUAUGGCUCCUGUAACACCUUCCCAGCAGCCAUAGAAUCUCACCCUUAGUGUAGUAACAUUUUUAAAGUUUCUAUCCCACCCUUCUUCCCAAAAGAGCUCAGGGCAGCAACUAGUCUUAUUUAGUCACAAGAUUCCUAAACUAUUCUGUUUGUUUGACAGCUUGCUCUUGGUGGCAGGGGGGACAGUUUUGAAAAUCUGUGAUUUUGGUACAGCCUGUGAUAUUCAGACACACAUGACCAACAAUAAGGGAAGUGCUGCUUGGAUGGCACCAGAAGUUUUUGAAGGUAAGAAAGUAAUUUGAUGCCUAAUAUGCAUUUUUGUGUGUACUACUAGCUUUAUUGUUCGUUGGUUUUUAUACUGAUUUUUAUUUAUCAAGGGCAUAUGUAAUUUUUCUUUCUCUGUAUUCCUGUUGAAUAUUGUAAUAGGUAAUGGGUUGGGGAGGUUAAAAACAAUAUAUUUAACAAAAGUUAGAUAUUUAAUACCUUGAGUUAAUUUUAACAAUAAGCAAUAAACUUCCAAAUCGUUAAAGUAUUAGCUAUAUAUGUAGACCCACCAUAAAUUAUAUAUCUUGAAGGGAAUUACCUGUUGACAAAGUAAUUUGUGCUGUUAUGAGUCACUUUGUGCAUAUUUACAUUGAAAAGUAGCCUAUAAACUUAAAUAUUAAAUAAAUAAAUAAACUUGCUUCCAUAUUAAUAUAUACCUGCAUUUAACCUUGCAGGAAUUCAAUUCAAAUACUGCCAUUUAUAAAAUCUGCUUAGUGCUAUCACUUGUGUGGCACUGAAAUAGAUAUGUAUAUGAGAUUAUGCAUGCAGGAUAGGGACAUUGGUGUAGCCUUGUCACAUGCAAUAGCAUCCUGGUGUGGACACAACGUAGUAGAAGUUCACACACACUCAGAAGUCACCUAAGAGUUUCCUUGCUCCUGUUCUCAAUCUGAAUAUGUAAUAAGCCAUUCAAGGAUGCACUCUCUUGGUUCCAUUGAACUGUCACUCAAGGAAUGCUUUGUAACAUGCUUAGAAUGAUUUCUUUUUAAAUUUCUAACAAAACUACUUGCAAAGAAGUUUUCUUUUUUGAAAACUCAUCAACUGUUGUACUAAGAGAAUUUAAGGGACUCCUAGUUAAAUAUUUCCCCCCAGAUAUUUGGCAUUGAUCAAAUUAAUUACAGUGGUGCCUCGCAAGACGAAAUUAAUUCGUUCCGCGAGUUUUUUCAUCUAGCGAAUUUUUCGUCUUGCGAAGCAUGAAAUCCCAUAGGAAUGCAUUGAAAUUCAAUUAAUGCGUUCUUAUGGUCAAAAAAAGUCCAAACAAAGCCAAAUUUGGUACAACAAGAGUUUAUUAAGUGCUCUUUAAAGUCACACAUACUGUAAAGAGCAUUUCAAAAAUUGAAGGAACAAUAAAAAUCAUAAAAAUUCAGGAAAAAACCACACAAGCUUCCAGAUUCUUGCAAACCCCUCCUCAACUGUUCCCCCAGCCACCCACCACACAGAAAUUCAAAUCCAGAUUUUUUUUAAAAAAAACAGCAGAGUGGCCCAAUGGUCACAGAAAAUCAUAAAAAUGCAGAAAAAAACCACACAAGCAUCCAGAUUCUUGCAAACCCCUCGUCAACUGUUCCCCCAGCCACCCACCACACAGAAAUUCAAACCCAGAAUUUUUUUUUAAAAAAACAGCAGAGUGGCCCAAUGGUCACAAAAAAUCAUAAAAAUGCAGAAAAAAACACACAAGCUUCCAGAUUCUUGCAAACCCCUCCCCAACACCAAGUCCUUGAAUUCCAAACACCCCAACCCAAAAUCCAAAAACCCCCAAAAAAGUUUUAAAAGUUUAACUUACCAAAUGGCUGCAAAAGAAGUUUUGGAAAAGCUUCAAAAAUCACCAAAGUCUUCAAAAACCUCAAAAAAGGCUACCACACCGCGUGCUAUGAGUUGCUCCUCAAAGUCAAGUCGCAACUGCACCUCUUCAAGCAAUGCACCCUGUAUUACUGUAACGGUUUUAAGAAAAAGGAAACAAACUUGCAAGACGUUUUCGUCUUGCAAAGCAAGCCCAUAGGGAAAUUCGUCUUGCGAAGCAGCUCAAAAAACGCAAAACCCUUUCGUCUAGCGAGUUUUUCGUCUUGCGAGGCAUUCGUAUUGCGGGGCACCACUGUAGAGGGGGGGUGGGAGAACCUUUCCUGUGCUUUGUAUGUCAAAUUUGACAGUUGGGUAGUCCUGCGUGUCAAUAACUUGCCCCUCCCCCAAACCCAGAACCCUGUCUUUGGUGAUUCAAAAUAUUCAGGGUAUAAAACCAACCCUGCAAGGUAUUACACUACCAUUACUCCUUAAGUGCAACCAGCCUGGGCCAAGAGACUCCCAGACCUUACUGGAAACUUCCCUAAGAUUCCAAAGAAGCAACAGCUGAAACAGGACUGUCUGUUCCCUGAGCCUCAGAUUAACCACCUUACUUAGUAAUCGGUAACCAAGAGAUUAGGAACUAGAAUUAGUGCCAAGGCAUUACCCAAAAUAGACAGAUAGCAACAUAAGUGAGGUAGAUUUAUUAAAAAGAAAAGACUGGAAGUAGAAUGAAAAUAGCAGCAUAUGACAGAACCAAAAGAGCCAUAAAAGUUACAGAUCAAAACCCCAAUUGACAAACACCACUGGGAAUUACAAAUCAGACUAAAUAAGAAAGCUAACUUCCUAACUCUAUCAGUUCCAUAAAGCACUAACCCCCAUUCUCAACUAGCAGGCCUCACUGCUGAUGUUGAAGCACAGCAGCAUAAGAUAACAUAGUGCUUCAACCUGAUGAGCUCACUCCAUUACUGAAAAGUAACUUCUUCGCACAGACCAGAGGCCUAAGCAAAAGAAUCAUUUUCUUGACACCUUCCACCGAACAUCACAGUGAUGUCAAGUGAUAAUUGUCAGUACUUCAAAACACCAUGCCCUACAGGGUGCUUUGAAGCAUCACUGAUCAACAGGCUUGAAAUAACCACCCAUCAGCCGAAUGCAUUCCUACUUUCUGCAGAGAUUAGCUGUUUGAUGGCACACCCCACGAUUAACUUGACCCACAGACUUGAACACAGCUGAUAGUAACUUCAAGCCUGCUUUUUGCAUUGGUUGCUCAUGGGGAACUUCUUCUUUACCUGUGUUGUAGCAUCUCAUACAGAGUUGAAUGCAUGGAACACCUUGAGUUUUGUCACUAACAUUCAGAAAAUAUAUUGUUUGAGAAGGGACACAUUUUGUUUUUAAAAGGAUAUAAAUUAUAUGAAUAACCUUUUUUCAGGUAGCAAUUACAGUGAAAAAUGUGAUGUAUUCAGUUGGGGUAUUAUUCUUUGGGAAGUGAUUACCCGUAGAAAACCUUUUGAUGAGAUUGGUGGUCCUGCGUUUCGAAUCAUGUGGGCAGUUCACAAUGGUAAGUUCAAACUUAAUGGGUAACUGACAAGUAGCAUUUCUGAAUUAUUAUUUUGUGUGUGUGUGUGUAUGUAUUUGCCACAAGUUUUCAGUAAAGUGCAUUACUCUGGUGCCUAAUUCACGGGCGCACGAUUGGGGCAAAAGUAGACCAGCCAGGGGCAAAUCCAUUUGUUUAAACUCUUAUCUGCUCUAGUCGCAUAGAAGGCAGGGGAUUAUUUUAAAUAGUAAAAUGGUCAUUAGGUGAUUGAUUGAUUGAUUGAUUGAUUGAUGGAUGGAUUGACUGAUUGAUUCAUCAGUCAAUCAUUUUAUUUGUAUGCCUCCUCUCCAAAGUUAAAACCAUGCUCAGGGCAAUUUACAACUUUUUAAAAAUUGCAUAACUACAAACAUAACAAGUAGUCCUAAACAAAACAUCAAAAAGUACAUAGCCAAAUUAAACAUUUUCUGCUUAAUUCAUUGUAUCUUAAUUUUGGAUGUUGUGAUUUAACAUGAACAACAGCAAUAAGCCCUCCGCCACAAAACCCCCUAAACAACACCCCAGUCAGUCAGGGCCCUGCCCUCCCAGGCCAGGUGGAAAAAUGUCUUCCAGCACUCAGUUUAGGUCCCAAUUUACCUUCUUGCAACAAUUUGCUGCCUUCUGUGCUGUCUUGGCAGAAGCCAGGUUGGGAGUAAAAAAGGCUUUGGGGACUGAAUGGGAAGCCUCUGACAGCUGCAUUUGGCCUACUGGCCAAACGUUUCCCAUCCUCAGUUGAGAGGAUAUACAGCAUUUGCUUCAAGUAAAAUGCUUUUCUCAUUCAGAACCCAAGUACCACUUCAUAAAUUGGCAUACCUUUUCGGUAAGCAAUUUAGUGAAGUGGUAGAAUAAUCCCUAUAUCCACUCCUGUGAAAUCUUUCAAGUUGCAAUGUUGCAUGGAUAGCAGAUGGAAAGCCGCAAGAUUAUUUUGUUGAAAAAGCAACAGUAUUGUUAAUUUUCUGAAAUCGUCAAGGAUGGUUAGUUCAGUAUAAUCAAUGGGAUAAAUAUGUUUGUUUUGUGUAGAAUUCUUACAACUUCAUUGUACAAUUUUAUAAUGUAUUUUUCUUAAUGGUCUCCCUGUAGGUACUAGGCCACCACUGAUAAAAAAUUUACCCAAGCCUAUUGAGAGCUUAAUGACUCGCUGUUGGUCAAAAGAUCCCUCGCAACGACCUUCAAUGGAAGAAAUUGUCAAAAUAAUGACACAUUUGAUGCAGGUACAUUUUUCUUACAUAUGGCAUAAUGUACUGAAAGGACUGGCUUAUAUAAGGCAUGGAAAGUAGAUGUUUUGGAAGCAGUGGGGGAAAGAGAAGUAUGGAAAAGUCACUACCAUUGUAGAAGAGAAUGAUAAUGGAAGACCACUUUGUUGCAACAGAACAUCCAGCCCAUAAGAAUUUGCUGGCUUGGGAUAAUGUUCUGCAUAUUUUAAAACUAUAUAUAGUUUAUUUUGUUUAAAUAAGUAGUACAGAAAAAAGCUAACAACAGCAAAAAAGGAAAAAAAAUUGAUUGAAUACAAUCCAAAAAUAUUGAAAGUAAAUAUUACAUACUUACCAUAUAAUACUCCCCCUCCCCCGCAGCUUCCCUCCGCCACAAUUCGACUUCUUUGAAUCUCUGUUUCCACCUUUAUCUUUGCAUUCUCCAAAUGUAUCAUUCUUUGUAUUUCUUUUAUCUCUUCUCUUUUCCAAAUCAUAGAUAUACUUUACAUUUUUAUUCUAGGCACAGUAGCAUUUAUUUCUUAGAACAAUAUUUUAACAUACAAUCUUCGAAACAUUUCCAUUCCUUCUUUAAUUUUUUAUUUGACUGAUAUCUUAUGAUUGAGGUUAGCUUAAUUUUGUUAGUAGAAUGUUGGGUGGUUUUUUUGGAGGAAUAAUUCUCUUCUGCUUUGAACAUCCUGAAGCAAAGGUAAACAGCAGACUAUAUUUUUUACUCUAUUUGAGACUUUUUCUUACUGCUUCCCCACCCACAGAAAUACAUUGUAAAAUAUUCCAUGCAGGCCCAGUUUGCAAUUCAUGCUAAAUUACUGUUUAGCACUUUCAGAACAAGUCUCACUAUCAGGUACUCCUCCUCACCUUUCCACUCUGUCAUAGCUGCAAGGAAGAGAUCAGAAGCCUCAAAUUUUAAACACCACCCACUUCACUGUUAUGCCCAAACUAUAGUUUAUUAAAAUUAUGGUUUGUUAGCAGCCAUAGUGAAUGAUGAUUUGAGCCUUACUUUUGAUUAUAAAUCAUGUUUAAACUAACUACAGUUCCUGUAAGUUUGGUCAUAGCAAGGAACUCUGGUUUGUUUAAAAGCAGAUACUGAAGAUCCUCAUGCCAGGUAAAAAGAGAAAAGUGGGGAGCUUUGAAGUCUGAGAUUUGCCAGGACAGAUUCCCAUAGCAUUUCACCUAGGAAUCCUCUUUCAACUACCUGUGACAGUUUCAGCCUUACAACCUAAUUACAACAAUCUUGUUAUAACUGCUUAAGCCUUCAUAGCCAUUGGAAAUAUCUAUGCUGCAAUCUAGAGAUAGCUAUCUAAUUUCUUGAAGUAACUAAAGAGGGAGUAACAUGCCACUUGGGACCCAUGUUUACAAAUUACUUUACUGCAUUUGCAUAAUAUGCGAGAUUACAGUGGAAAUGUGUAAUAGAAAUUAUGCUGGCAUGCAAGCCUAGAAUGGAAAUGUUCACAUCUUUGUUGCCAGGAUUACUGGCAAACAUAUACAGCAACACCAUAUAUCUCUUGUGGUAGUAAACUAUUUAUGAGACUUUUCUACAAUCACAUUUGGAGUCAUCUUUGCAAAAUGAAUACUGCCUUUCAUUACUGAACAUCAGGCUUGUCUAGUGAAUAAUGUUUCAGUAUAUUUUGACUGAUGCUAUUAAACAAAUGUUGCCAUUUAUUUAAUAUCACAGUAGAAAGAUUGCAUACAUCUUUUAAAAAUAAUAACGUUAGCUGAGUGUUGUCUUUUGCCUGAUAGUAGCAUACAUAUGAAUCAUGCUACAUCUCUCCUUGUACUUAUGUCUGUUUGACAUUUUUAUGUUGUCAUGACUUUUUAGUUAAAGAAUAAACUGGCUUUAUACCAAACAUCCAACCACACAUUUUGAGAACCAAGUUGAAGAUCUUAGUGAGUUUACUAAAAUAAUAUAUACAGUAUUGGUUUCUCCUGUUUCAUGUUCUGUCCAGUGAGCCAGGACACAAAAUGAAUUUGUCGAUCAUUGAGCUUUUCCUCCUUUACGUCUUUGCAGUACUUUCCGGGAGCAGAGGAACCUCUACAAUACCCUUGUCAGUAUUCUGAUGAAGGCCAAAGCAACUCUGCUACUAGUACAGGUAAGUAGAUUAUAUGCAUAAGUAGUUGAUUAUUAAUUAAGAUUAUGUAGAAUUAAAAGCAAGCACAAUGUCCUACUGUUCAUUGUGUCAGCAGAUGAAUGGUAUAGGCAUAGCCCAGAACCACUGCACUAGUAUGAGUUCCCAAUUUACAGUGUCUAUUCUAAUGCUAACACAGCAAAAGAUGUCAUAUUGGCGCAGCAGUAUUUGGUAUAACUCUAGAAACAAGCAACCUUUUUUUCUUUUGUAGCAUUGUACUAAGCUGUCAUGGUAAGACUCACCUACAUACUGUUUCAGAUGUUUUUUUCAGGCACCAUGGAACAACCAUUGUGUUUAAUAUUUUCUUAAUAUGGGCUGUAACCCGCAGACAGCAUAGGAACAGGAAGCUCUCUUAUACUGAGUCAGUUCUUUGCUCAGUGUUUUCUUGAUUGUCAGAAAGCAGAAUUCCAGACAGUAGUCUUUCCCAAUCCUGCCUGGAAAGACCACAGAGCAUCUGCUCUACCACUGAAUACAACCCUUCCCCAGAGAGAGUUAGUUCUGCUUCUUAUGCCUUAAAUAUUUGAAGCAUAAAUGUUUAUGCCUCAAAUGCCUUACAUACAGUAAUGCCUUACAUACAGUAAGAUAUGCCUUACAUACAGUAAGAUAAACCGUGCUGCAGAGUGUAAGAUAUUCUUUCUUGUAGUUGAUUGACAGUAUGAUGAUUUCAACAGACUAAGGAAUCCUUUUCACACAAAGUUACUGUGAAAUGCCUUAACUCAUAUGUGGAGAAAUUACCUGGAAGCUAGCUUUAUGUUCAGAUUUAUUCCUCAUAAAGUUUAGUGCUAUCCAUCUCAUAUACUCACAGAAAGAAAUAAACAAGAUAACAACUUUGCAGUCCAUAUUUAAAAGAUAUGCAGGAUCAUGCUAUUCUGAAACCGGGGUUUAGCUGAAACACCUAAGCCUUCUAAAGAAGGAUUUAUGUCAGCAGAACUGGUAUCCAUUAGCGGCGCUGCCUGUCAUGUUUCCAAACAAAAUGCCUUUAGUACUAGUGAUUUGUUACGUUGAGAGGAUGAAUUUGAUUUUCACAUACUGGGAUAAAUCUGUAACUCUAACAAAUAUGUUAAGGCUGUAGUUAUGCAGUCUAGCUGGGGUUUUUAAAAAAAUAAUAAUCUAAAAAUAAGAAAUCGAAUACAACCAAUAUUUAAAACUGUAGUUUUGUAGUCAUGAGUGACUUCUCAAGUAAAGUAACAUACUUCUAAAAUGUAUAGGUUCCUUCAUGGAUAUGACUUCCACAAAUACUAGUAACAAGAGUGAUGCCAACAUGGAACCAAAUGACUUUCCAGGAACUGCUACCAAUGACACUAUUAAACGCUUGGAGUCAAAACUGGCCCAGCAGAUGAAAAAUUCAGCAAAGCAGUCGGUAAGAACAUAGAAAUAAUAGUCAUUAAGGAAACUUUAAAAUCAAAAUAAUGAGAUCUCCCUAACCAUUAAUGCUUGAAAAAUACAUAUUAAAUUAUUUUAAAACUCUGACAAUAAGUACCUAUUCAGAGUUUGUGACAAAAAAAAUACACAAGAUUUAAAGACAUUUAUCAAAUCUAACUACUACUAGUUUUGUUAUGGAGAUCCAGGUUUGCAGAGAGCAUAAAAAAUAAGUUCCAUGCCUUAAACAUAUGUUUAUACCUUAACAGAAGCAUAAACCUUCUGCCUACUCUUCUUCUGAGAGAGGUUAUUAUGGGCUUGCAUAUCAUCUUAAGAACUAAAUGAAAAUGGCAGCUGCAGAUGUAUUAGUCAUGCAAACUUUAUUUGUUCACCCAUUUCUGCAAUUAGUUUUUGAAUCAUUGUAAAGUGUUUCGUUUUCUGCAGGGAGAGCCUGGUCGUUUGAGCUUACCUCCAUCUCGCGGUAGCAGUGUCGAGAGCUUGUCAGAAGUUCGUGGGCGACCGCAGUCAACCCUUGUUUCAGGAGAAAGCAAACGAAUGAGUGCUGAUAUGUCUGAAAUUGAAGCAAGAAUUGCUGCUACCACAGGUAAAAGAAUCUUACUAAACAGCUAGGCAAAUGGGACUGAGAUCAAUAAGUUCUACCAGGGGCUAUAGGACCAAAAUGAACAGAGAGAGCUGCAUUGUAGGAGAAGAAAAUCAUCCACAAUCAGGUGGAUGAACCUUGCACCAGUGGAGCUUGCUGGCACAAGAUGUAUCUACCUGAGGACUGCAGGAGAGAAAGAUCAUUUUGUCAGCUGUGCACAUUUGUGAUGCUGUUUAAUUCUACACGCCCAUCCCCAUCCUUCGCCAUUGAAACGGGUUAUGCUGGGUGCAGUCUGACUCUCAGUUAAGUGCACUUGGGUUGCAAGAAGAUGAGUGAGGUAUAUAUGCAAUUAUUUUUGCCUUCUCUGGGUAUGUCCAUGACUAUUAAAGUUGGCCACUUUAUUUUUCUAAACCUAUGCAGUUCCCUUUAGGACUGAAUGUUUUCAUUUGCCUGGAAUUCAAAUAUUUUCUGCAUUUUAAGAACAGCUGGUUUAAUUGAAAAACUGGAAUUCUCCACAUGUAAGAGGAAACUGGUGCAUACGUAAGGUAGUUAUUAUUAAAUUAAAAUACGGUGAUCUUUUGUAGAGAAUUCUAGUUACUCUUUACUAUAUCGUAACUAAAAAGUGUUGUGUAUGGCCUUUUGUAAUGAACUCUGAAUACAAGUCUGUGAUUUAAAGGAUGCCUCAAUGGCCAGAAUGCACAGAAUUCAUAAACAGAACAGAAAAUUGCAUGCCUACUCAUCAUCCUGAAAUGGUUGGAAGGCAGAAGCUGCUGUCUCAGAGCGUGGGAACAAAGGCAAAGUGCGUGUCCAGACUUUGUUUCAGGGCCUUUCUCCCAGCUGCUCACAAUAGAUCAGAGUUGCCAGGGGCUUCCAAGUGAACCUUCUCAAGGAGCCCCUCAGAUAUUUGGUAUGAUCAAAGCUGAGGCAGAGAGCAUGUCUGGAGUAUUUGACAGCGUUAAUCUUGUGUUGUGCAGAGGGAGGUGCCUAAAUGGGGCCGGAGCACCCACUUUUUUCUACCCUGGCUUGAGGUCUGAAAGGAUCUAAAUAAGGCUUCCAUUUCCGUUUUUUAGUAAAUUAGUGGAGUACCUAAAAUGUACUAUGUCGCUAAUUAUAAUAUCAUAAUUUAUUCUAAAAGGCAACCACAGCUUAAUUGGGAUUGACAUAACUAAAGCGAAGUUGUUUAAUCUAUUUGUAUAUUAAAGAUGGGUUUUUUGUACUAUAGAAAAUUAUUGGUAUUCUGAACAUGUUAAUGUGCCCUUACUAAACAGACAUUUUUAUUUUAUCCAUCAACCUUUCUGUUGCUUACUUCUGGUGAGAUACUGGCCGAACAACGAUGAAGCAAAGUUUUCAACAGGCAAAUGGGAUGACUAAAUCCCAGCCUUUGAGAUCGUAGGUUCUCUUCUGAACAUUCAUACACAUGAAUUUAUUAGUAGACAGGAUUGUGUUUUUAAAUUACAUUUUGACUACACACUCACUUCAUUAGGUGACAUAAAACAGAUAUACACACUGGAACUGAUACUGGUUUGUCAUUAGUUUUUAUACUAGAUCAGUUUCCUGACUUCAGUGGAGCAGUAGAGAAAACUGAGAGGCAAUUAUUUGUUCUUAGAUUUUGAUCUGGGUAUCCUUUUGAUUUAAAGAAGGCUAAUUUGAAAAUGUCAAGUACCCAAAUCAAUAACAUACAAUUCCAGGAGAAACUUCAAAAUGGAGAUCAUCUAAUUAUGUUUAUGUAAAUGUGGUGGAGCAGAAUGCUCCAAUUCCAUGACUGUCUAAAUCAGAAGUUAUGGUGCUUAGAAUAAAAUAAAUGUUUUAAAGAUUGAUAUGUGGCCUCUAUUAGAAAACCAAUGAGAGCAACAACUCCUGCUUAUAUGCUCUUAAUGCAAGCAAUUGGCUAAAGCAACAGAAUUUAAAUCUUUUAACUACAGGGAAUGUUGCCCAUGGUCAGAUCUGCUAUGUUCAUCCUAUUAGUAGUAGCAGGCGUGGUGGUGGUAGUAGUAUAUACCGCCCUAUACCCGCAGUUCUACAUUCUAGUCCAGAAGUAAUCUAUAUUUGGAGCUGGCAAUAUUACUGUUAUUUAUUUAUGUUUGUGGCCCACUCUUUUCCAUAAGGUCCCAGGGCAUGUUACAUCUUAGAAAUAGAAUAGAAUACAAUACUGUAAAACAAACUUACCCCAACUUAGAAGUACCAUACAAUACAUACAUAUCAGUGAACCCGAUGGUAUACAAGGAUUGGUGAAGGCACUAAAUAUUGCUAGAUUCUCAUCCACCGUAUUCAUAAGAUUUUUAUAGAACAGCAUUCCCAGACCUGUUAUUUGUUCUUAAUAAGGAGCUUUUAACUUAACUCGUUGGGCCAUUAUACCACCACUGUCACCACCCUUCUUUAUGUUACUGGUAGCAUUAACAGCUGUAUUUAAUUCCAGAGCUUUCCAUUACACAUUUCACUUCCAGAAAAUACUUAUAUUCCAUCAUUUUAAUCUUUCAUUUGUGUUUAAUAUUAUGGAGGUUGCUGAUUCUGACUCUCCUUCAAAAUGGCAGUUCCAGUCAGUUUCCAGCUGAAAAGUGGGUGGCAGGGAAUAACCUGGCAAUUUAGUGCACGUAAAUCAAAAAAGCUUUCUUGAAAACGUAUAGGCGUUUUCAUUAAAAUCUUUUGAGAGGAACACUUUUUAGAAAAUAUUUGGACUGCCACAUGUGGCAGACAUCUUAUUAGUAUAUUAGUGAAGUGGAGCCGGUGGACAGUUUAGUUUAUUUUGUGACCAGACUUUGGUUUUCCCUCUCUCCUUUACCAUUCCGCUUUGUUUGUUUGGAUUUUGUCUUUCUAACUAUAACUAAUAAAGUGCUGUGUUACGUUGUUGACCGUACUUAUGUUUGUUGCCCUUAACAAAUGCUUUACAGUUUUGAGCAUGAAUGGAAAGCUGUGCAGACCAUUCUGCAUGACCUUUUUUGCAUGGUCUCCAAGUUUAACCAAGUUGAGUAAAAGGUGCAGUUUUAGUCUGAAUGAUUUGUGUUAAAAUUGUAGUCGUUUGCAUGUGUAUUGUAUGUGUGUAUGUGUUUUUUCAGCCUUUUCCAAACCUAAACGAGGCCAUCGUAAAACUGCUUCAUUUGGCAACAUUCUGGAUGUCCCAGAGAUCAUCAAACCAGGUAUCACAUACCGGCAAAGUGGGCCACUGAAAUGGAUGCUGGAAUAAUGAUCAGUUCUUUAAAUACUUCUUGCUCCUGUUAAUGAAUUAACAAGCUGGCACUACAUGCUAAAGAUGCAUGAGAAAAAGAAGGCUUUUGCUCCCAUUGCAAAUUAACACAAUUCUUUGAACUAGUAAAAAAUAAUAAUAAUAACAGGUGAAUUUGUUCAAAUUCUCAGUGUAGAAAGAACUUGAUUUUUUAAAAAUGAAUUAUUAAUAUGACUCUCAGGAUAAAUUUUCCUGAAUUAUGUCAACAUACCAGUGUUGUCUUUCAAAUCCAAAUGGUUCUCUUCAUAAAAAACCUCUUACUUAGAAAGGUUAAUAUGUGAAACAAGUCUGCAUUUUGAAUGAUUAAAUAACAACUACAUUAUCAAAAUUAUAUCAGACCAGUUUUGGCUAUAGUAAUAAUUAAAUGGUUAUUUAAACCCAUGUAUAUGGUUUAUGCCAGUGCAACAGAUAUGGUUAAAAUAACAGGUUUUAAGAAAGUAUGCAAUAUCUAUUAAGACUGACUAAAUGUAGCCUGAGAUAUAAAUGCAUUUGUUACAACUAUAUUUUGUUAGUUUUAAUUUUUACUAAUUACUAUUAAUACAUAAAGGGAAUAUAUGGAAGGCCAUGCAGUAAAUAAAUGACUUAAAAUAAAUAUUUAUGAGUAAAAAUGUAGGGCAAGAUCCAGUGUUGUGCAUAGAGACUUCUCCUUCCUCUCCUCAUCCCGCCUCUUCUCUCUCUCAUCCACACCAAAUCUGCUCUGGAUGGUCCACUGGUUGAUGGAUACAGUCAGAUUUCAGAAAAAGACACACUUGUUAUUGAAAAACACUGGUACACAUGUACAUUAAUAUAUUUUCUUCUCCAAAAAGUUGCAAUUCUGUCACAGAUGUCUCGUUACUGUGACUUCCUUCUCUCAAUUUAGCAUUUUCACUUAGGAUAUAGUGUUUUGAGCAGUUCAACUUAAAAACACCCUUUUUUCAACUUUGGAACAGUCUCAUCCUUAGUUAUAAUUAAGUUUGCAACAAUAAUUAAGUUUCCAGUCAUAAGUAAUUUACAACAAUGUAUUGGAUCAUAAUAAGUGCUCAGAGAAAGGGAUUGGCAAAAGAGCACUUUCCUGUAUUCCCCCAGACAUCUGAAAGUUUGGUGGGUUCUUCUGAAUGGGGUGAGCUAUGAAGCAAGAAGCAGUUCAAAACUGGAAGCAUGCCUCACCCUCAGAAGUUACCUGCGCUCAUUUUAUAUAUAUAUAUAUAUAUAUAUAUAUAUAUAUAUAUAUAUAUAUAUUGCAGUUCCUUCUCCCACCCCACUGCCCUGCACCUCACCUCAGCCUUGGGAGAGACUUUUAGCGGGCUUCUGGGAAAGAUGGAAAUGUCUCCUUCUGCAACCUUGGGAUCCAAGCCAUUUCUUUCUUUCUUUCUUUCUUUCUUUCUUUCUUUCUUUCUUUCUUUCUGCAAAUUCAAGCAGCAUAAUUUUUGGUUGUAAGGACAGAUUGCCAUAAAUCUCAUGACAGCUGUUUUUACUUGAUAGCCAAAGCUUUUUAUCUCAGAAAAUGCUACCACAUGUAUGAGUUAGCUCCUGUGGUAGAGUGACAUUUUCCAACAAGUAUCUGUUGGUUUUAUAGAUCUUAUUCAAAUCACGUGACAGUACAGGGAAGUGUUAGCAAUAAGAAUCUUAUACAGAGUGCAGUGCUGGAAAGGAGGGGACAGGAAGCAUUCUCUCUGAACUUCUUGAUUUAUUUUAGGGUCCAAGUCUAUUUUUGUCAACUUUAUAAUUAAAUAGGAAUGACGCCUGUUGAGUAAUGAAUGCUCUAUGUAAGAUUGACAAAUAUACAGAAACAAAGUGACAAUCAAAACAUUCUUAACAAAUGACCUUCAUGUAAUAGUCAUUCCUAGCCAAAUAGCUUAGCGAAUUUCAUGUACCAAAUACUUUAUAAAAGUUCUAUUACACCCUGAGUUAAAAAAUGAAUACAAUGUUAUGCGAUGUCUUAGGACAUAGCAAAGAAAGUUUUGAAAGGAAUUCUAAAUAGUCAAGAUAUGAUGCAUAGCCUAGAACUUGGCCUGGAAACAAAGGCCAACACCUCUGCUCUUGCCCAAGCGAUAAGGAAUCUGGUGACAAGUGGUUAGGAACUUCUUCAUUACAUUCUCAGCAAUCCAAGUGUUUCUGGAACAACAGUAACAAAUGAAUUCAAUCAUAAACUUCUGUAGGCAGGGAGAUCACCUUUUCAGAUGAAUGAAAUACAGUAUUUUCAAACAGGUUCAGUCAUUGAACCUGUUUUUCAUAUAUGUUUAUGAGGAAAAUUGGCAUGCCAAACAUUCAUUCAUAAAUGUUUUGCACAGGAUGUUAUUUGCAUUAUUAUUUUUUACAUAUUUCCUGUGUUUUUUACUUUGGGAUUCACUGUUGGCUCAGAUCAAUCUAUUUCUGGUUGUGCCAGUUUCACAAUAUUAUUUCAUGUAUCUCAUUUCCAGAAUAGUCCAAGUUUAUUUUAAACAGCACAAAAAUAUGCAUUAUUUUAAACAUUUCUUCACAAGGUGCACAUUAUUUGUAUGCAUUUUGGUAUUUAUUUUGUGUCAAGAUUUGUGAAAAACAAAGGGUUAAUGCAUUCCAUUCCAUAAAUCCAGGAAGCACAAAUCCAAUUCACUUAAAAUGCAGAGCUAACAAAAUAUGCAAGUAUACUAGUUCAUUAGCAAGUUACAGUUGUGAGGUUGUAGUAUAAUUAAAAGCAGGGAUUGUCAAUCUUUUGGGGCACAUUCGUUAUUUGGAGGCAGUGCCAUGAGUGCCAGUCAUAAAAUGGCUGCCAGGGGGCAUAGCACAAAAUGGCUGCCAUAUCUAAAAGAGCAGAAAGUGACAGGACCACAAAAUGGUACAGACCCCUCUCCCUCAGAUGAUAAGCCAUUGCCAUAUUUGCACCUUUUCUCUGCUCACAACAAAAGGGUGAGCAUGAAGUGUGGUCAUGUUUCAGGGGACAUGUAGGAGAGGCCAAAAUAGGGCAAACAGCAACAGGACAAAAAGGACAUUUAUUCUCAUUCUAUCCAGAUUUUUGAUGGGACAUUUACUGAGACCUGUUGCAGGCACCAUAGGAGGUACUGGCAGGCACACUGGUGCCCACAAGUGCCUCAUUGAUAACCCUGAUUUAAGCCCUUUGAAUUUACUCACGCUUCUGUAUACUGUGCAAUGUAUCCUUUGCCACAAUCCCUCAACUAAAACAGCUAGAGUGACAGAUUCUACAGUAUCUGUAACACGUCACUAAACUUCUCAGGGGAAGGAUUUGAACCAGAAUUUAAAGUAAAGAAAUGUUACUAAACACAUGUAUUGAUUGGUGGUCAGUACACAUGUUAAGUAUCUCCCCACCCAAAAUUUGUUUACCUAUCAUUAAAAUUUAGGGUUAUGGUUCUUUUCAAAGGCUUCUCUUUACCUUUUACCCCCAAAUUACAUAAUCACUUGAAUGGCACUACUUGCAGUAGGAUAUUCUCUUGUGUUUUAACAGCAUUGUUUUCCGUUCGUAAAGAGUAAGAUGGUUACUUCUAAAAAAUAGUAGUAGUAGUAAUAUUUAUUAAAUUUACUGCCUGCUCUUUGCCAGCAGUGUGGUUUACAACAAUUUAAAAUUCAGUAUUAAAAACACUUAAAACAAAUUGCAGUCACAGGUGUCCUGAAACACGAAUCUCAGGUGUUAAAGGCCAAUGUAAAGAGAUGCCUUUUCAGCAUUCACUAAAAGCUGUAUAGUGAAUGUGGCAGACAUACCUUGGGUGCCACAGAAAAUGCUCUCCUGGGGGCACCACCAGGACUUCUGACGGUGGCAGAAAUACCAAGACCUGCUUAUUUUAAUACCCAAGAGGGUCUAUAGGAAAGGAGGCGGUCUGUCAAAUAUUUGGGGCCUAAUCAUUUGAGGGGUUUUAAACAGUAAUGUGAGCAUCGUGAAUUGGGCCUGGAAAUGAACUGGCAACCAAUGUAGCUGUUUUAGAAUGGGUUAUAUGCAUUCUAAAGGCAUAUAAUCUGGCUGCUGCAUUUUGGACCAGUUGAAGUUUCUGAGUUGUGUUCACGGGCAGUGUUUAUAACUGGAGCUAACUGAUUUCCGUGCUGGAAGCUUGUGUUUUUAUGGCUGGACCCCUAAGCUGAUAUUGAUCCAGGAGCAACAAGUAUUUAUCGAUUUCCUGUUUGUUUGGCUGUGCUUGAGCUGCUUGCCCUAUGCCAGUACUAGUUAACUGCAAUGAAAAUGCCUUAGCCUAACAGCUUGCUUUAAAUCUCAUGCUGCUAAUCUGGAGGUUUCUCAUUUAAAGCAGUUUGGUGUCGUCAGUGCUACAGAGCACAACCUUCUUGAAUAUAAAUAUAUAAAGGCAUUUUUAAUUCUACCCCACCCUGAUUAUUUUAACUUUUUGGUGGCCAUGAUAUAAUGUUUCAGCAGCACAUGUGCUGGGUUCUUUAGAUUCACAAAUGUUGCUAAUCUGAAAGGAGAAUGGGAAUUCCAGAUAUUUUUUACAAGUUUAUUUCAGUUAAGCUAAUUUUAGAACGGAGCUGUUGAAUGAAAUGUGGACAUAAUUGUUACAUCAGUCAUGAGUGGAUCAUCUUGAGGUCCAUGCUAAGUUGCUAGAGCCUGUGACCAACUGCAUAAAUCUGUUAAUGAGCAACUGCUUUUUAAAAAAAACAUCACAAGUUGUGCUUCCCAAUGUAAACUCCUAAUGAUCAUUUUCUUAAUGACAGGCUGCUGCAUGCUUUUUAAGGAGCAGAUCACGGACCACUUAGGCAGUUCUUGGGAAGUUUGUGUAGUUGACCUGGAAGUCAAGCACUUGUGUGUGUCAGUACUCUGUAAUUGAUAUUUUCAGAAGUGGCGCAGAAAUUCUGAACCGCUUUGCUGCUCACAAUAUCAAUUUGCUCUAAAGUUCUAAAAACUUUUAAAGUAUCUGAUUCCCUUUCUGUAUUUUUUUAAAUAACUUGUUAAAUCAAAAUCCUUUGGGAGAAAUGGGUAACAAGCCACCCAAAUAUAUACUCCUUUUGGUGGUGUGUAACUCAAGGGAAACCCAAGAUGUUAAGCAAGACAUUAUUCAGAAAACUGGGUUGUUCUCUUCCUUUUUAUCCCGUUUAUAUUCAAACUGGAAAUAAGUUCCUAGGUCACUUUAAUCAACAUUGAGGCCUUGUAUAAAGCCAAACUGCAUGUUGUAAAACAGAAUGAUCAAUUGAAGGACGCUGAAUGCAUGUGCUUCUCAUUGUUGGAGUGGUUGCUUGCGUUACCGCUGGUCUGUGUUUUUCUAAAACAAAAAUGUUAUGUAAUGUAACCUUCAGAGACUGAAGAAUCCUAAGUAUUGUGUCAGCUGUUAAUUUCAAUGUGUUGGUGUUUCCUUUGGACAACUGAUCUCUCAUCCCAGAAGCAGCAUAAACAAUGAUCAUUAGAAUAGCAAAAUGCUAGUGGAAAUGCUGCAUACCCAAAAAUUGUGAUCUUUUGUUAUUUUAUUGGCUUGCAGAUUUUAACAAUGUGUAUAUAUAUCGCAUAUAGCCAUUAAUUUUUUAAUUAAAAAAAACUGGUGGCAUUCAGGUCUGUAAUAGGUGCAAAAUUAUAUAUAUAUAUAUAUAUAUAUAUAUAUAUAUAUAUAUAUAUAUAUGCAGGCUACAUUUUCAAGAAUGGGACAAAUAAGUAUAAGAUGAUUCUCGGCAACUAAACAGGAGCAUUAUAACUGGAAUAGAAAUUGGGUUGGCCUUUCCUGUGAGAGAGAGCAAAAUUAUGAUUUGCAGGUCAGUACUGCUGAUUACUCAUUUUGCUUACUAAUCCAAAGAAGUGAGAAAACUGGCAGCAUCUUAUCGUAGUAGCCGUGCUCUAGAAAUCCCCAUAACGUAACCUCCUUGAAAUAGAUGUCGUCAUCAGUGCCAGCCCCCCAAGCACUAAGCCUGUUAAAGCACAUGUGACAGAAGAUGGUGAAGGAAAGUGCAGAAGCUAUUCAUGGGAUAGGAGUGGUUAUUGUAUUAGGAUAUGCUUUCUGUUGACACGCCAGUGUGCAGGGUGUGUUUUUUUCUUCUUCUUAAAACUUUGCAGCUGUCUUUCUGCUCUCCCCCACUCCUCCCCAUAUACAAACACACUCUUUCUCUCCCUCUCGCUGGAUCUGUACAAAUUCCAAGCUCUUUCUGCAACAGUCACACCCUUAUUUUGUUUGAGUGCAUUUCAGCUCCUUUUUUUUUUUCUUUCUCUCAUCAGCAGGCAACGGACAACAGAGGCGCAGAUCUAUUCAAGACCUUAGUGUUGCUGGAACAGAUUCCAACCAGGUAAAAAACCUUUUUUUUCCUUGAAGAUCAUAGUUGGUUCAUUAAAUGAUUGUCUAAUAUUAUUUUAUUUUACUUUUUUUAAAAAAUUGUUUUUGUGGGUGAGCAACUCUUUUCAAAUUGAAACCACCAAAUUAAAAUUAUAAAAUACCUGAAGAGCACUAGAAUUGUGAAAGUGCAAUGUACAGCUUUGAAGAACCUCUACCAUAGCUCUGUACUGCGUUGAAGAUGCUUAAACUGGCAAGAAAAGUUUCACAAUAUUGUCUCUCCUUUGCUAUAGUCUAAAGUAUAUUUGCUUGCCUUUUGGUAAGACUUAGUAAUGGUAUAACAAGCCUAUAUCCCUAUGUAUUAUUCCAGGUGAGAAAAUGGCAUUGUACUUAGUAGGAAUUGGUUCCAAGCGAAAAACGCCCAACAUGCCUAAAAAGAUUGCAAGUUCUGUUAAUGCUACCCACUGAAAAUGUUUAUUGUUGACUAUGCAUAUGAUGCUGUUAAUUAUUAUUUUUUAACUAUACUACUUGAUAUUUGGCUAAAUUUGAGAGCAAUUUCUUGCCUGCACAAACCUUUAUUUAUAAAACUUAGAAUUCUUCAGCUUCAUUGCUUUACUGUAAAACUUUUCAAAACCGAUGUGAAUUUGAAAGCUCUCAAACUUGCGUUUAGGGAAAAUACAACUACUGACUUAUCCAUAGUUUCACUUUGUCAUUUGAGGUGACAUUUCUGAGUACAUAUGCACAUACCAAAGACAUAUCAUCUUAUCACUUUGUCCUUAGUGGCUUAGAGUGAAAUCAUUGGAAGGGGGGAAAUGAAAUGUUUUACGUUUUGUGUUUUUAAUUUUUAUACCUGAGCUAAUGGAAUGUCAGGCAACAGUCUUUAAACGUCAGUAGCAUGAGUAACAUUGAUUCAUUUGUUUUGAAUAUGGUUAGUGUCAAACUAGUAAUGGCAGCAUGUGUGCUGCCUAGGUGCUUUUCAUUUUAUUUUUUUGUGAAAUGUGUGAUCAUGGCCUUCAUAAUUAAUACUUGUGCUCCACCUGUAUUUGUAUCAGCAUAGAACAGGGAUUAAAUCUUUCCUCCCCAUUGAGAUGGGAGCCCACCACAAGCCAACCAGAAUCUUGGUGCAAAGUGUUUAAUAACAUUAGUCCUUCAAUAAAUUCUCUGUAUAUUCUUUAACAACCAUCCGACUGGGCAUUAAUGCCCACACAUUACCUAUGCAUGUAUUAUAAGAAGAAGAGCCCCACUGGAUUAGACCAAAGGUCUAUCGAGUCUUGCAUCUUGUUUCCAUUAGUGACCACCCAGAUGUCUCUGGCAACCCUGCAAACAGGACAUGAGCACUCUAGCCGUCUUCUGCUGUGGUUUCUCAGUAACCAGUAUUCAGAGUCAUGCCGGUUCUGAUCCUGGAAGUGUAGCGGAGGUGUAAUGUAGCUAUUGAUAACCUUAGCACUUUUCCUACUUUGGGCUCUAAGAAGCCCACCCAUAAAUGUACAGAGAAGUUUUGAUUGGACUGCAGCAGGGCAGAGGUAAGAGGUGUACACAUUCCAAAGGAUGGGCAACACUCCUCGUUUUCCAUGACAAUAAUUUGUCCUUGCUAACUUUGUUCCCCUUUACGGCCAGUUCUUGUAAUUUUGCAUUUUUCAGCAGGGUUAUUGUGUCUGAUGCAAUCUUGUCCCAAGAAUCCUUUCGCUUAACCCAGCCUACCAUUCCAUGUUUAUUUGGUUGAUGAAUAGUGCUGUUUAUUUUCUCAAUAGAUCCUGAUUUUUAUUUACAUGAUGUUAUACUGUUGUUGUUGUUGUUAAUUGAAUUUAUAUACUGCCCUAUACCCGGCGGUCUCAGGGCGGUUCACAGAACAAAAUCAGAAUAUAAAACACAAAUAUAUAAUCAAAAUAAAAACAACAGCCCAAUAACCCCCCUCCCCCCUCAAAACCCCACCAUGUUUUAAAAGGGUAGAACCCAACUUCUGAGGGCCAUAGCCCUUGUAUGCAAUUAUUUUUUCCUUUGUUCUUGACGUUAAAUAGUCAGCAGGGGCUGCAAACCACAUCAGUAUCAUGGCAUGGGGAAAGGGGGACUUUAAGCCUUUGCUGCAUUAUGGUGUCAGUCUAAACUGAGGAUGGGAGGCCACACCGGCUAUUUUCAGUGGGAGGAAGAAUAUGUCCUUUGGCACCAAGUGGGUGGGUUGGAGAAGAGGCAUUGCUGCUUUUUUAGCUCUACUCUUUUCUGACAGCAGUAUAUUCCCCUGUCCCCUUCACUAGAAAGUCCCUGAGCUCUGAUGAAACAUGUAGAAAAACAUCAUGGAAGAAUGACUCCCGAAACUUGUGGACUGCUUCACAUGUUUUUUAUAUUAUUGUUUUCUUUAUUUCAAGGGGAAGCAAACCUCUCAAAUCUUCAUGAAAAUUAACUGAUCUGGCAAUCAAGAAAUUUCAGAUUUUCAACAGUGUUGUUUUGAAAUUGCAGUGUCCUUAAGAUAAUAAUUUGGGGUUUUUUAAAAAAAAAAUGUCUUCGUACAGGAAAGCAGGAACAACAGUAGAUCAUCUAGUCCUAGUGUGAGAAUGAUCACUACCUCGGGACCAACCUCUGAAAAGCCAGCUCGCAGUCUUCCAUGGACACCUGAUGACUCUACAGGUAAAUUUGGGUUUGGGUUUGGCUUUGGAAGUAUCAACGCUCGCUCUUGAGAAGUACUGUGUUUGCGUAGUGAUUUACACACAAGGCUUGUGUGUAUUAAACUUUAUCAACUUCAGGUUCAAAAUCAAUGUGAGUCCCUGCUAGGCAUCUACCAUAGGGCAAGUGAGUGUGUUGCUACAGCUGUGACUGCGGCUCCUUAUUUGGCCUCUUGUGUCCGCACCAUAAUCAGAAGCUUUAUUGCACUAGCCAAAGGCCACAGCAUCAUCUAAAAUACUCAACUACAUCACAGAGGGAGAGAAAGCUGCUGCUGUCACCUGAUCACUUGCUUGCUCUCCAUCAGUAGUGCUGAACCAUGGGAGGGUGAUCAUUUGUAUUUUACAGGAACCCGCUAAAUUUUUAUGCAAAAACCUGGAGCCAGGACUGUCGGACAUUGUGCUGUGUGUCAAAUUUUUGUUACAAAAUGUGUUCUUCCAAUGCUGUAUGUAAGUUCCUUUUUAGCAUAAAACAUAUAAUAAAAACAAAUUGUACAUCAUUUAUGUGCAUGCCUUCAUUUAAGACAGGCUUAAUUGAUUGUGAAUGUUACCCUACAUCAGACUCUCCCCAAGUUUAUUCCCAGUGCUUCUAGUGUUAAUAACUACAUUGACUUCGGCAAAGUAAAUUACCAUCUGUGUUGUUGUUUAGUCAUUUAGUCGUGUCCAACUCUUAGUGACCCCAUGGACCAGAGCACGCCAGGCACUCCUGUCUUCCACCUGUACUUCUAGCAUUAUUACAUCCAACUGCAAAAUAAUGUAGAAAUGGACAUUUUGUAUACAGUGUACUGUAAUCAAACUGUUGUUUCUUAUUAGAUAGUAAAUGUCCAAUUCUUGUGAUAAUGAAUACUCAAUAUUAGGAAAGAAAUGCUUUGUAAACAUGACUGUUCCAUAAUGAUUUUUUUUCAAGCUAACCUGAAGAAACAACUUUUACCAGUGGUUCACAUACUGCUGCAAAAGUGCCUUGGGGUUUUUUUUGGGGGGGGGGGUUGGUUUUUUACAAUCAAGCAACAUAUAAAUUUUAUGAAAUAAAUAAAUACCUCCAAAAUGUGUAUAUACACAAGGUCCAAAAGCACCAACUUUUUAUUUUACUUGGGGGAAUUGACAUCCUGUCCCUGGGAGUCCCCAGGGCAGCUUCCAACAUGGCAUAAAACAACUAUAAAAAGCACACUAAACAAAAUACAAAACAAUAAAAUUAAAAUCCUGAAGAAAGCAUAGCAGAUUGGCAAUCCAACGGUUCAUAUUAUAAAAAUGUAGCCUGGUCCCCAGUCCCCACCACCCCCACACAUUCACACCCCUUCUAGAACGAAAAAUCCUUUACCAUUUCUAAAAUGAAAACAAAGAUGCCCAGCUUCUUUGGGAAGAAGAGAUCAUAAUGGGAUUGUUGAAAAGACUCUGUUCAUCUCUGCAGAUAUAACUACAAAAAGGUCUCUGUUCUGGACUCUUUCCCUUUAGGAGGAUACUGGAGUAGGGAUCGCUUCUGGGAGCUGUAUUCAGCUACCCUGCUGCACACAUAGGACUGCAAUGUUUGUGCACGCCACACGCACAGCUUUGCACCUGAAAGGCUUGCAUCUUUUAUGAGUAACAGAAUACCUUGUUUUCACAACAGAGAAUCCUAGUUGCCUAUGCAAAGUAUGCCUUGACUUAAGAGAACAAGGAAACUUAUGUACAUGAGCAGUUCUGUAUGUACAUAAAAAAAGAUGCUAUUGCCAGCAUCUUGUAGAUUCCUGAGGGCCAUUGUAAGCGAAUGCUAUUACAAAUUCCUACAUAUACAAUACAUGUGGAGAUGGCAGUACUGAAACUGUAGUAUUGUUUGUACAGAGAUUUGUGUAAGGAGUUAAUCACCCCAAUAUUGCUAUUUCAGCUGGAGUGCUAACUGGCUAUUGUGUGAUUUUUCUCCUUGCGGAUCAAUACUAGCUGAUGACAGCAAUGGCUGCAAAAGUCUUAGUAACCGUCCUUAAAAUAAGGACUACACUUUUGCCCUGAAUUUUCAAUUGUAUAAUUUUAAAAUUCUAAUUAACUUUGGUAAUUUUAACUGCUUAGAGGUGUUUAUACAUGUUUGCCUUUUAAAAUCAAGUUGCAAAAGUCAGUAGCUGGUGCAAAGAAAUAUCUAUCUGCCUUUUGCAAAAAGAUUUGGACUGAUUUUGGGGUAGAUUUGGAUUGCUAUUUUGCUGACACACCCCCCCCCGCCGCCGCCGCCCAAACCACACUCAGUAGACCAAGUACAACAUAAUGGCCAUUUUCAUUAUUGUAUGAUGAGAGGGAAAGUGACCUUUUUAUGUGGUUUUGAAAUUGAACAGGCCUAGUUGGAGGAAGACUCUAGAAACCUGCUGUAUGUAGCUGUAAGCUCCUUGAAAAAAGAAUAAGAGGAUUUAACAGCAACAAAAACACUAUUUUUAUAAAUAUAUCUCCACUGCAUCCAUUAUUAUUAGACUACUUGAAAGCACCUAGAUACUAAAGGUACAGGAUAGAUAUCUGACAUUAAUACACUCCAACAGCUUUACAGUUCUGUGUGGUUGUAGUUGCUCAUUAAAUACUUCACUACAUGAUCAGUUAGUAUAGUCAGCAAGCCAUAAAUGCAGCCAUCAUGCAGAGAUAGAUAACAAGUGCUAUGUGGCACUUAGUCAUGUGAAAGUACCCUGUAUCAUUUCCUCAUGAAACCUAUGUCUAUGUAGGACUUUGAGAACUUCCAACAUGUAUUGAUGUCACUUUGCACACUUGAAACUCAAAAAAGCUGUCUUUUUUCCAACAGAUACCAAUGGGUCUGAUAACUCCAUCCCAAUGGCAUAUCUUACAUUAGAUCACCAAUUGCAGGUAAAAUCAUUCUGUGAUUUCCGUUUUUGCUUAAUAUGUUUAGGCCACCUUUAAUGGCAAAAGCUCUUUUCCAGGCUUCUUACAAAGAGAAGCAUACAAUACACAACCUAUUAAUAAAUAAAAAAAUAGAUGAUACAAUUCUCUAUCUUGAAUAUUUUGUCCAUUUUGGGGGGUAAAAAGGUAAAGGGACCCCUGACCAUUAGGUCCAGUUGCGGACGACUCUGGGGUUGCGGCGCUCAUCUCACUUUACUGGCCGGGGGAGCUGGCAUACAGCUUCCGGGUCAUGUGGCCAGCAUGACCAAGCCACUUUCGGCGAACCAGAGCAACACACGGAAACGCCAUUUACAUUCCCACCGGAGCGGUACCUAUUUAUCUACUUGAACUGGCGCGCUUUCAAACUGCUAGGUUGUCAGGAGAUGGGGGGGGUAAUUAUACUGGUGUGCAUGCAGGAGUCGAGCCAAAUUUAGCAUGUGCAUGUUUAAAAUAGUUUUGUUUUUGUUUGUUUUUUAAAAGGGGUACUGUUGCAAUUGGUUUGAUUAGCCAAAAAGCUAGCUAUGCAAAAUGUAGUCUCUGGUCUUUAUGUCUGAAUAAAUUGACCUGAUGCAACGAACUGCUGCCCUGACAACCCAGCUCAGAAAGUUAGAGUUACAUCUUGCCAACACUAGCCUCUUAUCCCACACUCUGUGCUGAAGAAGUACCAAGUAGCAGCGCAUUGGUAACUGCAUGGUCACCCAUCCCAGGGAUGACGUAGACAUCCAGAGCAGAGUGGGCUGCCACUUGAAACGCUUCAUCAGUCAUGAUGAUCGCUAAAUAGUUGCCCACAUAUAUUUCUUUUACAGAUUAUAAAAUAAUACUCUGGUAUACUUCAUGUUUGCCUAGGUCUGCGAAGAUGUUUUCUGGAUAUAGUUUAGUUCCCUUGAAUUUAAAAAGAGAAGGUUUGACAUGCUGUGUGUUGAGAUAACAGUCGGUUCAUUUUUAACAUGUUUGAUUUUAUUUUCAGCCUUUACAGCCAUGUCCAAACUCAGAAUCUAUGGCUGUGUUUGAACAGCACUGUAAAAUGGCACAAGAAUAUAUGAAAGUUCAGACAGAAAUUGCAUUGCUGUUGCAAAGAAAGUAAGUGGUAAAAUAUGUUCCUUUUUUGUUCUUGUGUGAUAAUUUUACUGAAACAAAAGUGUAGAUUAACACAGUAUUGCAUUUUUUAAAAAUUAAAAAAAACCCUACAUAUUGCUUCUAAAAUGGCAGCAUUUUCUUACUUUCAAGCAUGAUUCUGGUUAUGAUAAACUUAUAAUACUAGGAGUCUCUGUAGAUGAAUUUGUAAUCUGCUUACAGAAACAAGAACAUGUAAAGGUAUGGUGCCCUGUUUUGUAUCAUGUCCCAAGGUUGAACUAUCUUCUUCACUUGCUUAGAAUGGCAGAUUGGGCUGAUAGUUAUAAAUAUUUCACAUGCAACAAGCCAUGGAGUAAUGUUUCUGUACUUCCUAGUGAGAUACAGAGUCCCAUUUCUCAGACCAGGAUGAGUCUGGGAAGGCCUUGGAAAUUCCCAUGACUCCCAAACUAUUUAUUUAUUUAUUCAUUCAUUCAUUCAUUCCUGUUUAUAUAUUCUUCUUCACACAAGAUCACAAUGCAGUUCACAGCUAAAAUACAAAAUAAACAACUGCAAAAACAAAUAAACUAAAACACUACAUAAAAAUAAUCAAAACUUUUUCAUAACACACUGGUGCCAUGAUUUGUGUCUUUCCCAACUUAGAGCUGUAGGAGUGACGACUGGCUCAUUCCUAUCAUGGGAACAUCCUCCAAGACGGUUGCUGCAAUUCCAGAGUCAACCCCCAUUUCUCCUCUUCUUUUCCCAAUUGCUUCCCCAAUACCCUGGCCUGUGACCAUAGCUCAGAAUUCCACCUGCCAGGCAGCAGUUCCUACUUUUGACUGCAGGACCAUUUUUUGUGACAGAGCAAACAGCAUGCUCUUCAGUUCCCAAGGCAGUCAGCCGUUCCAACCCUUGCUGCCAUGAGCCGUGUCACAACAUCACUCUUUUCUCUGAGUGUUAAAUGCCACUCACUCUCCAGUCUUAAGGGAAGCAGCUGAUGCCCAUCUUGUGACAAAUGUGCUUCCCAGCUUUCAUCAUUGAGAGUGCAUCAUUUGGAGCAGUUGCAAGGCAGUACAGUGGACCCUCCGGAUAUGAACUUAAUUCGUCCCUGGGGUCUGUACUUACCCCGAAAAGUCAGUAUCUGGAGGCACCGCUUCUGCGCACGUGCGCAGAGCGUUUCUGCGCAUGCGUGAAGCGUGCAGAGUGCUUCUGCACAUGCGCACAUGGCGAAACCCAGAAGUAUACACUUCCGGGUUUGCUGCGUUCGUAACUUGAAAUUACGUUACCCAAAGUUAACGUAACCCAAGGUACCACUGUAUUCCCAUUUCCGCUUCACAGGUACAUCUCUAAGAGAGCACUGUGGGGCAGCUGGACUCUCUAAACGAAGUAGAUUCUUUAAGACCCAGAAGAAAACUCAGAGAACUAGUUCACUGCAACUCUGCCUAGAAUAUUUUCUCAUCUAAAAUUAGAGGCCGAAAGUGUUUUGAAUGCUUAUCUCAUCAAUUAAAUGAAAUGACAGUUGUGAAAAAAUAGUCUACGUGACUCUUGCCUCUGCUAUUUUAACAAGAGUUCAUCUCAAUAUAGAACGUGACCUAUUUUGAGAAUGGUGUAAAAAGGACAAAACCUAAAUAAUCUUUGAGACUAUGAGCCCAAAUAAUCUUCUGGAAUAUUAGUAUUAUUAGUUUGUUUUUUAUUCUACCCUUCCUCCCAAGGGAGCCUAGGGUGACAGGACACAUGAUUAAACAUUUGAAAACACACAAAUGAAAACAGUGGUCUCAGGGUUUCCAGGAACAGUAUCUCAGUCAUCAAAUAGCUAGGUGGAUAUAAAUGUUUUUAUUGUCUCCUUAAAGUCAAUAACAAGGGAGACAGAUGCAGCAAACCAAGUCGUAGAUUCCACAAAUGGGGAACUGCCACAGAAAAGGCCCUGUCAGAGGUCACUGCCAAUCAGACAGCCCCUAGUGGCACUUGUGUCAUAUAGGGCUUCAUAUGCCAGUACUAACACCUUGAAUUUAACUUGGUAGCUUACUGACGCACAGUGUUUUGAGGACCACCGGUGACACAUGGUCCCAUCAGGCUACCUCACUUGCCAGCUUAGUGACUGCAUUCCACACUAACUCCAGUUGUCAAGUGUAACCCCACAUACAGCACAUUGCAGUAGUCCAGAUGAGAGGUUAGAGAAUCGACAACUGAUGCAAGGCUAUUCCAAUCUAGGAAAGACCAUACAUAGCAAAUUGGCCUAAACUGGGCAGAAGAACUCCUAGCCACAGAAGCCACUUGAGACUCCAGUGACAAGUUGGGAUUCAGGAAUGCUCCCCACCUUGGGCAGAUACAGACACUGACUUCUGAAUGAACCUGUGGCCAGAUCAUUGCCUGUUAAUUUGACAUUGGCUAUUAAUUGUGAUCCUACAUAUAGGAGUCAGAACUUGAAGUUCUCCUUAAAAUCAAACUGAUAGUUGCUUUGUGAACAUCUGCUUCAUGCAGUGCAUUUGUCUAGAACCACUGCAUACCUGAACUGAGCCAGUGACAAGUACAGCUUCACUAAAACCACACCUGAAAUUCAUACAUAAUUUUGUGACACCCAAUUUUGGCAUCCAAAAAACUUGUUAAAUAAUAGACUUAAGUUAUACUACUAACAUACUAACAAAAUAUUGGUGGCAGUGAUCUUCUGUACUUCAGCAGGCAUCUGCUACUGAAAUAUUGUUUUUUCUCAAUAUUAAUGAACUUGGGGUUGGUUUACACUGCUCCCUUCCCUAAUUUUCAAAAGUCAUGUGCUGUUGUAUGGUACAUGGAUAGUUGUGGACACACAUGCCACCGCACAUGCAUACUUAAAUGGGGUGUGAAGGAGACCUUGCUACUGUACCCUAUGGAGAUUACUUUAUCAAACCUCUGUGAAGUAUAUUAGAUAAUAUUUGAGACUUUUUUUUUUUUAGUAAACAGCAAUAUUGGUAGAUAAAUGUGAGUAUCAAUUAAUUUCUCUUGAGAUUCUAAUGUUAACUUUUCAAAAUUUAAUUUAGGCAAGAACUAAUAGCAGAACUGGACCAGGAUGAAAAAGACCAGCAAAAUACAUCACGUCUGGUACAAGAGCAUAAAAAGCUUUUAGAUGAAAAUAAAAGUCUUUCCACGUACUACCAGCAAUGCAAAAAACAGUUGGAAGUUAUCCGAAAUCAGCAACAAAAACGUCAAGGGACAUCAUGAUUCAGUGGGACUUCAAAUUGACAAUGUUGCACAGAAAAACUUCUUUUUAAAAAAUUAUCCCUUAAUAUGACAUCUUCUGAGUGUUCCCUUAUUGGUGUGUGCUGAAUGUGUAGACAUACCUGCUGCUCUUCCAGCAUCAGUCCAGUAUCCUUUUUAUUUGGUUGAACAUUGUUUGAGAAAGGUAUGAGCAGCUACAGGAAUUAUCAACAGCACUAAACAUAAAGCAAAAUGCAAUGAACUCUGGCUGUUUGCAUGCCCCUCGUGUGAUGGCUAGCCUACCAAAAGUGGUUUAAGUGGCUGCUAAAUUGUAAGAUCUUUUGGUGUUAACGCAAUAGGAACAGUAUAGAUUUUUUCCCCGAUUUUUAGAAUGUUUUUGUUAUUCCCCCAUCUCGGACUGUUAGCAAGAAUCAGUCAUUUUCCAGGACUCCACCAAGCUCGAGAGCUGAUGCUGGCUAAACACUGCAUUCUUUUGAAUAUGGGAAGUCUAAGCUGAGGCCACCAUCACUGGUUGAGCACUUGAUCACCCUGCAUUUUGACUAAAAUUUCUUGUAAUCAUGCUAUCAUACAAUCCUGUAUUUUCUUUACAUUUGAGAGUUAAAGAAUGGAAAGAUAUGGUGAAGAAGUUUAUCAAGCCCGUAUGUUCAAAUUGAGGAUAAAGAUUCAAUAAGCCAAAUGGAUCCAGUUACAUUAUGUAUCGUUAAGUAUGGACAUGUAUAAAAUUGGUUCAUCUCUUGAGAGUUACCACAUUGUAACCUGGACACUGGGCACAUUCCUUUAAAUCAGGGAUGUGACACCUGAGGCCUUCCAGAUAUUUUGACCUACAACUCCAAUCAUCCUUGUCAGCUGGCCGUGCUUGCUGGGCUCGAUGUGGGUUCAGCAACAACUGGAGCCCCCAGGUCUCAGCUUUAAAUGUCCUGAUGUAGCAAGAGAGAAGGUAGUUGCAAUCCCCACUGAAUCCUGUUCUCUACACCACUCUUUGCCUUGUCAGAUGUGAGCAGGAGGAUUACAGGUACACUGCUACACAAUGGGUAACAUGUGGAUGAUGGGAUUCAGCGAACGAACAAGUAAACAGCAGCUACCUUCUCUUGUGUUGCAAGAGAUUAUAAGGAAUGUGAUCAGACCGAAGGUCACAACUCUGCUGCAUCUUAGAAUAAUCAAAACAUUGCUACCUAUAUUGCAGUCAAAUUUGAAUGCGGAGUUGGGGAGGGGAGAGAAAAAGCACCAUGAAUGUCCCUAAGCUCUCUCACUAACCACCACCUUGUUUUAAGAAAACAAACUCCCACAAUCUAUACAGGGAUUUUUAAAAGUUACUUUUAACCCCAUUAGAAUAGCUGCCCCCCACUCCCAACACAAUCUGCUGUUGAACUGCCCCAAGUUUCAAAAGUGGCUUCCAUGUUGCGUGGGCACUUGGUGGUUGGGAAUUGGAGAACAAGGUGGUGAAAUGGUGGGUCUGAGUGAAAAACCAUGUCAAGUGACUUUUAGUACAUAAAAUGCCUAUUGUCUUCUGAGUCUGAAGCAGAAAGGCUGCAUUUUGACAAUGACAGUACUUUGAACCACAAAGAUUAGACAUGAAUUCUUUUGUGUAUAUAUGUAAAUAUGGCCCAGUAUGAUGAGAGGGAGGAGUUAUUGAUUCCAACUAUAGAUUUUGUAAGUCAGAAAAUCAUUAAAGAUAUGACUCACAACCUGUGGUUAGAAUUGUCCAAAAGGAAGACAUACAGCCUUACACAUUUCAAUGUCCAUCGUUCUGUGGGUUGACACUGAGAAUCUGGAUAACUUUCAGUCCUAGUUGAAAUAUGCAGCCUGAUUCUAUGCAAGUUUCCUUAGCGCUAUGUCCAACUGUAUUCUCUGAGGCUUAUUCCCAGGAAAGCAUGUGCUGUGUUGCAGCCUUAAUAUGGCAAUACAUUUCUGAAACAGCGAUGGUUUUUAAUAACUUGAAACUUAUAAGACAAAAAUGGUAAUUGCUUCGGUGAAAUAUCCAAGAAGCCUCUGAAAGAUUAACUGAAAAAUGUUGAGCUUUGAUUCAAGCUCGUUUUUCACGAAACAGCUACCUAUGAAAGGUUUUUAAAAUAACUCCACACAUUUGCCACUGUAUACCAUACCCGUGCACAUUACUGUUUACAGAGGCAUGGAGGAAAAUAUACAGUAGCUUCUACAAUAUUCGGUGAGCCAUUGCACUCAGAUGCUGCUUUCAUGUGAAACAGACCUUGGAAAAACCAAUUUGGUCAGGAGCCAUUCCAAAAUACUCAGAACUCCCCCCAGUUAUAGUGCAAUACUAUGCUUAUUUGCCAAGAAGUGUGUGCAGUGGGGCUUACACCAUAGUAAGUGUGUGCAGGAUCCUACCUACUUGCCUAGUAGUAAGUCUCAUUGAACUCCUAAUGACUUCUGAGUAGACAGGUAUAAGGUUUCACUGUAUGUGUCCUAACUUUAUCCUUUCCCUCCUGUGUUUCUUUAAACUAUGAAGUAUUGCUGACUUGUUCACAAAGGUUACCAUACCUAAAGGUCUGUGUUCUGAAAACAGCCCCUUCAACUUUAAAAUAAAUCUAUUCUUGGCAAGUUCUCAGAGUUAAAACCCAUCUCAUUUUGUCUAAAUAAAGGGGAGGGUUAUAAUUCCUGAAACCUUAGCAUAUAAUUUGAUUAGUUAGCUGAAACUGAUAUUGGGAUCAACUUAAGGGCACACCUAUUUUUAGCAAAAUGUAAUUGGCAGGGAAAAUAACUAUAGUAUUAGGAAUAGCUCAAAGUUAUCCAAAGCAUUGCUAUCUGCACACAUCUGUCAGGUUAGCCAAAUGGAUGCAGUUGUGGUGCAUCCACUUUUCUCAGUAAAUUUGAGUAGGACUAAGCACAUCUGUUGAAAUUUGACUUUUUUUACACAUAGGCUACAACCUCAAGUUGUCUCUGGAACAAUCCUGUUCUACUGUGUUGUGAAAUAGCUUUUGAAGUGUAGUCAGCGUAGAUAAUUGCAGGUGCGUAACUUGCACGUUAAUGGAAUAUCUACUGAAAGCUAUGGUUUUUACUAAUUUUGUUUUAAUACAAAAUAGGCCUAGUGGUGCUGAAGAAGUUACUCAUAGGGAUUAGCGUUACUGAGCAACUCUCCUUUGCCAUAUAAUGUGCUUUGAGGGCUAUGGAAAAGCUUCAUCAAGGAUGAUUGCUGCCAUUGUGCAAGAUCCAAUUGAUUAUUGCAGUAGAUUUAUAUCACAAAUGAGAAAGCUGCACCUCAGAUUUGUAGGAGCAGUUCUGAAGGGCUGAAAUGGCAAGCAGAACUGUGCACUUUUAGACCAAAUGUAGCGUUGCUACAUCUUAGGUUAGCUCAGUUGAUAGAGCAUGAGACCCUUAAUCUCAGGGUCAGUGGUUCAAGCCCCAAGUUAUGCAAAAUAUUCCUGCACUGCAGGAGGUUGGACUAGAUGACACAUGUGGUCCCUUACAACUCUACAAUUCUAUGAUUUUAGAGCAAGGAGUUGCUAAAAUUAACAAGUAGAAGGGCUGCUUCUGUGGGAGAUGCUGAAACUUCCCCAGAUAUCUUAGCCUUGUAGUUCCCUCUUAGGUAGGAUUUGAUAGUAGAACAAACCCUCAGGCAGGCAGAGGGGAGUUUUUAAUGCAGGGAUUGCAGAGGGAAGGAAAGUAUACACAUCUUUUUGGUAUUCUAAAUCAUGUUUCACAUAAAUGUGCUUUAAAUGAACAAUACAUUCUGCUUUGCAUCAGCUCAAAUAUGUCUUAGGAGCAAAGAGUGAUCCUUGGCCAACAACGUGUUUUGUAUUGAUAUGGAGAUGGAAACUUGCUGGCCUCAAUAUCAGUAGUAUGCAUAUGCAUAUUUGGGAGGGGGUGAAAUACAGCUGUGUUUGUGGUUCUGUUUUUAACAGGUUAUCUUGUAGGAGAAGCAGCACUGUAAUAUAUAUAAGAUAUCUACAAGAAAUCAUUUGAAUACUCCAUCAAUCCAUCCCACUACAUAUAAAAACUUGCCCUUUGCCUGCUUCUUUCUUAUACAUCUUUUUAACUUUCUGGAAUGGAGAAUUUCAAAAAUAGGAAGAAAUACUGGGCGUGGGAGUGAGAAAUAAGCUUAAAAAAUACCUAACAGCAGCAGGAGGUGCUAAGCAUAUCCUAGAUCAGGGUUUCCCAAUCUUGGGUCCCCAGGUUUUUUUUACUACAACUGCCAUCAUCCCUAGCCAGCAGGGACCUGUGGUCAGUGAUGAUGGGAAUUGUCCAAAAAUAGCUGAGGACCCAAGUUUGGGAAACCCUGAUCUAGACAAAAAGUAGUUGUGACAGGCCCUGUUGGAAUUAAUGGGGUUAUAUAGUCCUGUGCUUCUACAAAUCUUGUGAUAAUUAGAGAGGUUUUCCCCUGAAGUUAUUUAUUUCUUUAUUUUUAGUAUCUGUAAACUUUUGAUGUUACCCUGAGUCUACUGAUGUCUUUCUUGGCAGUAUGGUUUUGGUUCCUUAUGCAUAAGCCUUAGAAGUCUAAAAUUUGUGUUGAUGCUGUUGAAGGAUGGGGCUGAAUGUCAGUCCAAAAUCGGAGAAGGUUGAAAACGACUUGAGUAAUCUACUUCGACAACUGUCCAAGACACAUUAAUGAACUGCAUAGAAG